AUGGACGACGACAGAGAGACGGCCAGGCUGUGGCGUGUCAACAAGACCAUCCACGAGCUCGUCAGAGAUAGGGGCUACCAAGUGGCGGACGAGGAGUACAACAUCGACCUCGAGACGUUCAAGGCCGAGUACGCGCCCAAUGGCGGCUCCGUGGACCGCAACCGCCUCAACUUUUUCACCGAGCACUCGCACCUCGAAAACGAGCGCCUCUUCGUCUUCUACUCGACCGAGCGCAACGUCGGCGUAAAGACGAUGCGCCAGUUUAUCGGCAUCAUGGAGGAAAAGGACAUCAACCGCGGCAUCAUCAUCUGGAGCGACAAGAUGACGAGCUCGGCCAAAAAGGUCAUUGACGCCAUGAAGGACACGUUCCAGCUCGAGGACUUUGACGAGGCCUACCUCCUCGUCAACAUCACCCACCACUACCUCGUCCCGAAACACGAGGUGCUCACCACCGACGAGAAAAAGGCGCUGCUGGCGAGGUACCGACUCAAGGACUCGCAGCUGCCGAGGAUUCAGCAGGCCGAUCCCGUGGCAAAGUACUUUGGCCUCGAGAGAGGGCAGGUAGUCAAGAUCACUCGGCCUUCCGAGACGUCGGGACGAUACUGCUCCUACCGCAUCUGUCUAUGA